AUGCUCGAUGUUGACGCUGAUCUAAUGUUCUUGUACCUGGGCUUGGCACAUCGACAAUUCAACAAGACACCCGAGUUCGGGCGUAUGUUUGGCAUCAUAUCGCUUGCCCAUUUCCCCCACGUCGCCGACUGGACGCGCCUCAUCAAGCUUUGUCAGCUCUUCAACUUUCUCCAAAAUAAUGAGCUACUGAGGAGUGCAUGGUCCGUUCUCAGCUUCAACACAUUGACUGCACUCAUCUACCUCCUCGCCCCAGAGACGGACGGCGCAGAAGUCGACCGCUGCUUCGAUGCCUUUGCGAGAGCCUUUGACACGCUCGACGUCGACCAUCCAGCCCAGGCCAAGUUCCGGGAUGAAAUGGUCGCACGAUUUUGUGAGCACUGCCAUUGUGAUCUUCUCGUCCGCCAUCAUCAAGCUUUGGAGUCCCAUCCGGACUUCGUUGCCAAGGUUAGCUUGAAGCAGGCUGAGUAUGCUGCGUCUAUGAUGCAGUACCUUUCUGGGAGCCCUCGGGCUCGCGGAAAGAGGUCUGGGCUGUGGAGGAGCAAGGCUCGUUGCUGGGAUCAUCUCAUGCGCCAACGCAAGUCUAAGUAG